UAACAGAUUUGACUUGGAAGGAUAACUAGAACACGUCUAUUAAAGACGUUGUUAGCCAUGACUGAAUACAAACUUGUGGUUGUUGGAGGUACCUUUAAGCUUCGGUGCUACUUGACUAAUUGUUUCUGUAGACCCUUCUUAGUGCGAUCGCUAAGAAGAUUUUAUUUGGUGCCAAGCGGUAACUGCUGCCUGUUUUACUUUUUCAGCUGGAGGUGUUGGAAAGAGCGCUUUGACUAUACAGUUGAUUCAAAACCAGUAAGUAGUUUAGUGACAAACAACCUCUUCUAUGUCAAUCGGAAUAAUUGUUUUCCUUCCUUCUUUUAACGGUCGAUCAAGUUCGAUCGUGUGUCUGAGCUCAUACAUGUUGACCUCGCCUGAAAAUACAGUAUUUGGGAAUCGCCGAUCAUUGUCAAAUAUCACUCUGAAAUCAUCCUUAGUAACUUUUCCUAUUGCACUCAUUUCAUAAUGAAUUCACGUUUGUAACGUACAUGGCCUUGCUAGUACACAAGCUUAAUUUUAAUUACAGUCAGAAAUUACAGUCGCCCAAUUCGCGGAACCUGCCGCCGGUCGAUUAACCACUUUCAGAGCUAACUUGUGCUUUGUGUAAUUGCCAACCUGUACCCCAUGGUACCUGCAGACUUAAAGAUUUCAAUCAAAACUUACUAAGAACACCUCUUGGUAAAUGACGCUGAAGAAGCUGGCUAUUCCACUAAAACGUGCAUUGCAUAUUUCACCCUCUUUGCAUCUGCGAAGAUCAUCUUCCUGAGACGAAAAAUCUCAGUUUACGCCGCAUAGAAUGUUCUAGGACGUAGCCAUAGGCCAUUUUAUUAAGGUAUUUGCACUUAGAUAUGAUACGAGGGAUUUUUGAGUCUUAAAACGUGUUUGGUUGCAGAUAUAUUUCUUUGGGAAAAUGCGUGUUGAUGUGUAAUUUUGGGCUGGUGGAGGUAAGGAGUGGUAAAAGGGGUGUGGAUCAAGGGUGGGGUGGGGUGGGGCGAUGUUUAGAUAGGAAAGAAUAGAAGUUGUUUAGUAGUGAUUAACUUGGGGUUUACAUUUUCAUUUUCAGCUUUGUUGAUGAAUAUGAUCCAACCAUUGGUAAGUAUCUUUUAACAUGUGAAAAUAAUGCAUUUCUUUGGGAAGUGUCUACCUAAAAAUAAUGCUGCACUGGCUAUGGCUAAUUUUCAUGCUGCAUUAAAACAUUGCUAACUAGAAAAGGGAUUUUCUCGCUUAGUUUGACCAGUACAGAGUACAUAUAUAAAUGUGUUUGCUUGUGCAAAUCGCCAAUAAUCAGUCUGAUUCUUUGGUCUGUCUGAGUCAUUUAUGAGUUAUUUAUGUACCUGUACCAAAAAUUUUAAUUGACUUGUGCAAAGCUCAUCUUACUGUAAUAAAAAAGAAAUCACAAUACUUUGCCAUUGACAGAAAAUGGUAUAUCCAUACAGGGUGGAAAUAAAGUCAUUUUUAAAGCUUGCCAUUCGGGCAAGCUGAAGCUAGCAUAAUACUGUCCCAAACGUCAUUUCAACUAGCCCCAAAAACAUUUGAUGAGCAGACUAUGCUUUAGUCCUCUUCCGGUUUCACAUAUCCUUUCUUUCGUAAAUUACUGUUUUAACUCUGACAAUGAAAGUUCAGUGAAAUUUGUAAUUUUAAACUUUUUAAGCCAAGUUAGAAUUUAAAUAUAAUAUAUUCUGCCCAGGUUUAAAAAUCAUGUUGUUUUUAAUCAUUACAGAGGACUCAUAUAGGAAGCAAGUUGUUAUCGAUGGAGAAACAUGUUUACUGGUAUGUUGUGUGUUUAGCAUAAUACCACAGAUAACCAAUUUUGUGCAUACAGUGCAUAUAUUUCACCUGCAUAUCACACCUUUGACCAUUAUAUGUGAACACUUUUUCAUUUAAUUGAUGUCUGAUUUUUGUUUAAGUCCGUGCGCCAUAAAUUUUGUAUUAUUAUUAAGCAACCAUUUUGGUCACCAUGGCGAGUGAAAAAAUAUUGAUGACUAAACUUGCAGCGAGAGUUGACUUGGCGACCUGUGUUCAGUGGUCAUGCACCAAUAUGUACAAAGUUCCUUUACCUAAAGUUAAAUUGAGAUAAACAGUAUUUUGCAAGAAAUAUUAUAUUAUUUUACGCUCCGUAUUCAAGACAAUAAUUUAUUAUUCUUCUUUUCCCCCGGGUUGUCCUGGUAUGAACUGUGGGACAUCCAAAUUCGAUUGCGACAAUGUAAGCAUGACAGUUGCGCAGCCAUAAUGAUAAGACAAGCAGGAACUGGGUCAUAUGUAACAAAAAUGGGGGUAUCUUGGACAUUGUGAUUGAAAAGCUCUUUUUAAUUAUAUUGCUCUCUGGGUUUGUGUAACGGCACUUUAGACAUCAAGCAAGUUAAAAACAAUGAAAAUUUUGGGCUGUAUAUAAUCAAAUCACGGGUUAAAAAUUUGUUUGACAAAUAAGUAUGACAUGAAAACUGAUUUCCCAUGAGAAAAAGUAUUCGUUGCAUGUGCUCUAGUGAAAAACAAAGCUGGGAAAAUGCAUCUGUUCUUACGGGCAUCAUCCAGGCUUUGCGAAUUAAGAAAAAAUUAACAGAGUUUCAAGUUUUCAUCCUAAGUGUACAAUACUUGAAUAUCAAAGCAACUCCGGAAACUGCAAUAUUGUAGAUUUGAGUUUUUUUAGUAGCCGACAUCAAGAUCCGACAAAAAUUUCGUUCCAGACAAGGUACUGGAUUAAAUGGGUUUAAAAUUACUGUAAUAGGCGUUACACAAAGUAACGUGGUGCUUUUCCCAGCAAUAGGUAAUGGACUAGUUUCGGCUUCAUAUAUGUAAAUUGGCCAUCAAGACUGACUGUUGCGUUUGUCAAUUGCACUGGCAGAAGAGCAACAACAACAACUACAACGAUAACUUUAUUUUUUGAACAAAAAUACAAAAGUUGUAUGGUUUGCCCCACAAAUAGCUGGAAAGCUAGUUGUGAUGGGGCAAGACAAGUACAUGAAUAACACAAAUUAUCUAAUAAAAACAAAAACCUUUCGUAGCUUGUCAUUACCCAUCAUACUGAAUUGUUUUCAGAAUAUGUAGGUUCAGGAUGAGAAGAAUUCGUGAAUUAGGAUUGGAACACACAAAAACACGUCUGCACAGCUCAAUGCACAUGUGUAUCAGAGCAGGUUAAACAGUAUAACCAUCCCAAUAAAAAAUUUUGGGAUUCUCUGCUGAAGUAAUUUAAAUUUCAACUUGCAUUAUUAUAUUUUGAACAGGAUAUUCUGGACACUGCAGGUCAAGAGGAGUACAGGUGAGGAUCUGCCUUCAGUAUUUUGAUUUCUAAACAGUGAAACCUCUAAUAAGUGGACAUCCUUUAGACCCUCAGUGGAGGUUUGUUUUGUAAAGAAAAUAUGGGAAGAAAAGAGAGAAAGAUCCUGUUCCCCUCUUAACAAAUGUUACCCACCUUAAUGAUAAAUUUAGUGGCAGUAAUGAACAGUUUGACCUUUUAUUGCAUGUACAUUGUUAGUUUCAAAGAGCAAAACUCCUGAAUAAACACUGCAUUGCCCUGGAACACUGUGGCACAUUUUGUUUGCUUUGCACAUUGUUGAUGCUGAUUAAUAAUAGCUGUUGUUGUUAUUUACACUGUAUGUGUACUUGGAAGGGAAAAUAGACCUUUUUUUUACAAGCUGCUGAUUGGCACGCAACCAACUUUCUUGGAAUGCAUUGUUAUUUUCCUGUAAUCUGAUCGGUCAACUUUGUCUAAGUGGCCUCGGUUACAGCAGUCGCAUUGUAAGUGGGUUGAAUUUAGAAACGUUCUCUAGGAACGAAGCCAGCUGUCCAUAAUAAUGAGGGGUCUAUAUUAAGCGGGUGUCUGUUAAGAGCGCAGUUUGACUGUACUGUUACAUGUUCAUGAAAAUAGAAAGUUAAAUGAUAUUAUCCACCCCCGAAUUAGCACAAUAAUGAUACGCGCUCUAUGUUGCUCUCUCAAGUACAUGAAAUUACAUCAGCAAUAAAAGGUGUCACUAAUAUCUACACUGUUCAUGUAGCAAUGUACAGGAGAUAAAAGCUAAUUUGACAAUUUUUGAUAAAAGUUAUUAAAUUGUUUUCAUGAUUUUUGUAGUGCCAUGAGAGAUCAAUACAUGAGAACAGGAGAGGGUUUCCUUUGCGUCUUUGCUGUUAAUAACAAGAGAUCUUUUGAAGAAAUCCAUGCAUUUAGACAACAGGUACAUGUACCUUUAAAGAAGUUGCUUCAUAUGGAUUCACAUCGUUAAUGCAAGUUAAGAAUUUUUCAUUAGCGUCUACAUGAUUUCUGUGAUGUAAGCUUCAUGUACAUGUACCUUUAUGACUCUGCAGUAUUAUUUGGGUUAGGAUUUCUAAUAAUACAUGUACAAAACUGUGAAAUACUACCACACAGGUUGUCGAAACAUCAGUCACUGUCAACAACAACAGUCCUCCUAUUCAGGACUAUGUUCACCCAGACGAUCAAACUCAACCUACUUUUGAAAUACAUGUACAGGUGUGCAUUUUCAAGAAAUGGUAUUAGGUUACUGUUUUUAAGCUUUUUGGCUGGAAACAUUGUUUUCGAUGUAUUUCUGUGCCUGUUUUUUUUUUUUUUUCAUUGCCUAUUCUUUCUUAUUUGCCAGAUCAAACGAGUAAAGGAUGCAGAUGAAGUACCUAUGGUUUGUAAGUGUUUAUGUACUUGCUUUCUGUUUUAUUAGUUUGGGCAAAUUCCUUUGGGAAAGCUACAUUGCUGUACUUUUGCUGCGAUAAAAACAGCCAAAGAAGAAUUUUUAUUCCUACGUUAUAUUCUGUGUAACCUCCAUAAUUUCCCACUUGUUCAGAAAUAAUAUAGAACAAAAUUUGCUCCUCUUUCAACUUGGGAAAAUGCAGUUGAACAUCCACUAAGUGGCCACCUUCGGGGUACCAGCAAGUGGUCGCUUAAAGGGGGUAGGGAUUGGUAGAGGUUUGUCAUGAAUUAGGUUACAUGUAGUCUUUAGCAGAAACAAUACUUUACAUUGAAACAAACACCCAAGGCUAGCAACAUGAGUUGUCUACAAUCAGUUGUCAUCUUCUACAUGACUGUACAUGUAUCUAGGCCAGUAUGUUCCUCCAUUAUAUUUGUAAAACAAGAAUCGCUGAAAGGCGAUUUUUAACUAGGCUGCAAAGGGGCUAUUUGUUCUGAGGGGAGGGGGCGGCUAUACACACUCAGGCUACCAUAAAACCUUGUCGGCAACCAUUGCAUGCAACAGGAUCUCAUGUGAGACUGAAACAUAAACUCAUUCAGAACAUUGUACCCUUUUGAAAGACUUUCGUAACCAAAAAAAAGAGUACCAUUUUUAAGUGGGGGCUGUAUAAUAACUUUUGAAUUCCACCAUUAUGAAUAAAAAUAAACAAGUUAGCCAUUAAUUCUAAACAGGAAAAAAUUUGCAUUAUUUCCACGCACCCCUCCCCCAAUCCCUCUGUGCCCCAAAAUAUAGCGUAACACUAUAGCAUGACUAAUUUGACGUAACCGGAAAUUCCAAAAAUUGUGUCCUUCUACGAGUAUAAAAUGCGACAGACUGAGCUGAUUUGCACUAGACAGAAAUAUUGUAUUGUAGGAAAACCAGAAGUAUACUAAAACAGACGGUUAACUGCCCAUUGAUCCCGCCUGAUCCAGGGGCCUCACUGACUGCACGGAGACUUUACUGCGCUUUUCACAAACAGUCAUGCGAACUCUAAAGUUCAAAAGCCACCUUCACAAUUGUGUUUAUCGCUGCUGUCAAUCAUAAUUACGAUCACAAGCAACAAACCUUGAAACAGAGAAACACACAAAACGGAUCGAAAUCCACAAAUCACAAACCAUGACCUUUUGAACCCGUGAAGUAAAGUUUUGUUUCCUAAGAGGUCCGUUAAGAUGAUUGACAGCAGUGAAAAACGCAAUCAUUGGUUGGGUUCUGAACUUCAGAAUGCGCAUGUUUGUGAAAAGUGCGAUCCUAAUUUGCGGUCCACAGUCUACAUGAAAACGCACUUUUUUUUCCACAAGAUGAAAAAUAUUCAGUUUUAAGAUUUUCCUCAUGGUAUUUUUCUCUAACUUAAAGGAAUAAAAUCCUUUGCAUUUUGAGACCUAAAAAAGUUUAAAGAUUUCUCGCUCGCAUGUUGCGUUCACCAGCACGCACUUCAAACAAUGUAAAUAGAUGAAACGAUCGAUAACAUUCUGAUCACAUCUUCAAGCGAAGUCUCUCUUUUCAAGCGAUUCAUCUCAAUGCACAAUAAUUGACCCUUGUAUUAGUUAAAAUCCUAUGUUUCAUUUAUAUUAAUGCUGUUUUUACCCCUCACAUUGACUGUGUUCGUUCGUAUUCAAAACACCUUUACGAAAAUAAAGGCCGUAUAAGUCAUGUGUGUUAUGUUUCGAGAUAAAUGGAUUAUACGCUUUUUUAAGUUUCCAUUUUGCGGUGACUUCAGUUUACAUCUCCAUAAAAUGGUAAAAGAAGUAUCAAGAAACAUCACGAGAGCUGAAAAUUUUCAAAGGCAUGUUUCUGAAACUCGCUAAUGCUGACAUCAAUAUAGCGUGCUUGCUGAAUGGGUGAAAACACAGAAUUGUGAUCACAAGAUCUUGUACAAAUUUAAUGAUAAAAGCUUAGCACGAUACAGAUACAAACAACAGCAAACCCCCUGAAACCUCGACGUGAGCCACACUUGUGUGCUCUACUCAGUCACCAAACCUUGUCAGAAAUAGCUCCUAUUUUCCUCAAGUCGCUCUCUGUGAAGCUUCUGGAUGGGAUGUCCCGGAGAAGCUUUAAACUUGUGUGCGAAAUUCUCAAAGUUCCUGUUUUUGUCCGUGUCUUCUUUAUAUUCAGUAUCCAAAAUUUAGACCUCCAAAGUGGCGUGUGUUUCAUUAAAUAGAAGGAAAUAUUUAAAGGAAAAGCCAGUCUUCUAACAUGGCAAAGUUGUCACGUCCCUCGCUCAUGGACGUGCGUCACAUCAGGAUUUCAUCUGCCAUUCAUCGGCAACUGAGUUGUUCGCUUCACUGACUAUGACGGCUUACAAUCAAGUCUUCAGCCAAAGUGUCGUCAACUGGUGAAAUACUUUGCUCAUAAAUUGUGCUUCUUAAUUGCUCAUGUACUACAUUGAUCGAUAGUUCACGAAGCAGCCACGGCGUUCCAAACCUGACGCUCACAGUCAUCUUUUCAGUCUUUUAGUGUGAACCUACCAUGAACGGCGUGUCGGUUUGAAUGCAACGCGAGCAUUUCUCUGAGUUUCCCAGCGCCAACAUCAUCUAACUGACUUAAACUCGAACAAUAACAAAAUUAAUAGAGUGAUUUCCAUGGUCGAAUCGCUUCGAACAACGCAAAUAGCCUUCUUCAGGUUUGCAACGCCUUGUGGGUUUUUCGGGGGAGCGCAGACAAGGUACAAAAAGUAUCCGUGCAAGGCUCCGUGCAAGAGAAACUCAUAUGAAAACAUUUGUGAGAACAUCGUUUCUCGGUACCAGACCCUCGCGUCUUCCCUUCCCCGGGAGACCACUUUUUGACACCGACGACCGAAAGCCCAUUUUAUGACUGGGCCGCACAGGCAGCCCAGUAAUAAAGCCAAAAUAAGUGUAUUAAGGGCUUGGUGGCCACUUAAUAAUAGAGGUGGAAAUAAUAGGAGAACUCUCGUAAGAAUACCAGUUUUCCCUCAAAGUUUUCGUGAAUCGUCUCUAUAGAUUAGAAGAGGGUGGCAUUAAGGCAUAUUAACAAGGAAAAGGCCUCACUUCUGUUUGACAUGCUUUAUUUAAAAAUGUCUAAAGUUGUGUAAGUUUUCUAACAUCAUUUUUUGCUCAUAUCCUUUGUAGUAUUUGUAAACUCCUCUGUGCCUCACUGAUAGAAAUAUGUACAUGUACAUGUAAUGCAAGGAAGUGGUUGAAGUGAAAAUGAUCAUUUGAAUGAUUUAUCUUUCUCCCAGUGGUUGGAAACAAGUGUGAUCUUCAGAGGACAGUGAUGUCAUUGGAGGCGCAAGGUCUAGCGACAAGUUAUGGAAUCCCAUAUGUAGAAACUUCAGCAAAAACUAGACAAGGUGUUGAGGACGCCUUUUAUACCCUAGUGAGAGAAAUUCGAAAAGAUGUAAGUAAUUGUGUGUAAGGGAAAUAAGUUUGGGGACUUUGUCUACUGUCCACAGUCUUAAAAGAGGGUUAAUCGAGGGUGUCCGUUCAAUACUGGCAGGUUGUUCACUAGGCAUCGGAGAUUGGAGAUUUUUCUGUUGACUACGCAGAAUUCUCCAAAGUCUAUUGUUCGGUAGCUUAUGACUUCAGUAGAACCCCGGUAACUCAAGUUCUGAAGGGAAACAAAAAACAGUUCAAGUUAGCGGGCAAUUCAAUUCAUCGGGGUAAAUUUGAAUGAAAAUUUGAUCAAGGGAAAGGAAAUUUAGUUAGAGUUAUCAAGGUUCUACCUUACAGAAUUUAGAUCAAUUUCGGUCUCUGGAAACUGCCCACCUACCCCUCCCCUAAGCCAACAUUUUGCCCUAAGUGAGAAGUAAGUGUUAAUGUUAGCUUAGGGGAGGGGUAGGUGGGCAGUUUCCCAGAGACCUAAACUCAUGCAAGUAUUUUUCAUUGAGAGGUGGAGCCUCUUUCAAAAAUAAUUUUCUCCUGUAAACAUUACACCUUUCUCCUGCUACUUGGAUUAAAUACAAUGAAAACCCUGAAUACAGGUUUCAUAAAACUGUGGUUACCUUAUUCUCCCUCAUUAUAUGUAGUAUAUUUUAAGUGCUACAGUUUCAAAUCAAAUGAUGUAUUACUGUCAAACUAAGAAAACUUUGACCACCUAAAACAUUACGAUGAACCACAGCAAUGAUUGGAACAUGUGAGCAAGCCACAAAAUCACUAACUACAUGUAAUUACCAUUGUUGCUUGUGGUAUAGUUUUCACAUGCCUGUUUGGCAUUUUUCUUGGAACAAAAUACCAUUCCAGAAAAAGUUGUUUAUGGUUUUCUGAGUUUCUCUGGAGUUUUUUUACCAUGGAAAAUGUUAAACAGUAUGAAGUUAAAUCAGUCAAAGAAAAACAUUAACAUUAAUAAUUUAUAUCCUUGUGCUUAAACAAAGUUAAGAAACAUCUUUACAUUACUUCUCAAUUUAUCUUUUAUUCUUUUAUUUAAUAGAAAGGAAAGAAACCACUUCCUAAGAUCAAGAAGAAGAGGAGAUGUAUAAUCUUAUAGCUCUGUUUUGUCAUCAGUUAUAUGCUGUUAAAUUUAGUGAAUCCAGUCAUACUUUAAUUGCUACACACGAAGCUUGCAGGUUUUUGGCAGUAUAAUUUCCAACUUUUUGUGGUCAGACCAAAAUAUAGAGCUUCCUGUUGCGAACAAAUUUUAAUUCACUGAGUACUGAUUUUGGAUAAGAAAGUAUACUGUAGCUUAAAUGAUAUGAAGCAUGGAUUGCCUUGUAGGAAGAUUCACCAUGAAUUACAUGUAACUCAUUGGUCAAAUAAUGAUAUGACAGUGGCAGUGGUAUUGUAUUACUGAGCAUACCCAAAAAGUAGACAACACAAAUUAAUUACUUUGUAAUGUCUUAUUUUCUGGACAUGGUGUGCUUUAGAAUACAAUGUAAUUUUAUUUCCAAUAUAAUAUUGAUGGUAUAACUUUUCUCAGUUAUCAUUUGUCAAAUGCCUAUAUUACAUGAAAUUGACAAAAUAAUACACUAUAAACUUCACAAUACACUUCAUUCUCUGGCUGUAGAUGGUGCAUAGUUAAUGAAACUAUAUUUUGUUUCACAUGUUUAUUUUGACUUUUUGGUUAAAGAUUAUUGUGAUAAUCAUUGAAGAUAUUACAAGUAGCAAAUCAAUGUUUAAUCACUAAUUGACUCAAACUAAUAUUCAUAUUGCUUACUCAAUGCUAACUCUCAACUUACAGUAUUUAUUUAUUGAUGAUAGCAUUAGUUAUGGGUGUGCUUGAAAUUAAAAAAAAAAAAGAACGGUAGAAUAAGUUACCUAAUUUGAGUGUUGACUUUGAUGUAACCUUCUGUUAGCUUCUAUUGCAGAUGUUUUGGGCUGACAACUUUGUUUUAACCCCCGGGCAUACAAGGGCGGGGGGUGGCAUGUUGCAAGAACAAUUCCUGUCAAUGUUUCAUUACUUAAGUGUGUUAUGCAAUAAUCCUGUUGUGGAGAAAACAGUUUGUACCUCACAACAUAGUGCAUGAAACUCAACUGGUUUGAAUUUGUGCAUUAUGAUUGGGGGCAAAACAACUCAGAUGCUCAUUCAGUUCACAUAAGGGGACAAGUUUCCAGCCUUAACUCUUUAAGCUUAUCCAGCUUAGUGAGUAGCAUCCUGUCAUAACAGUAACACAACAGCUACUGUAGUAUCAUAGGAUUUUGAGAGUUUUAAAAGCUUUAAGCCCUGUUAUAGUUAAGUCCCAAAAGUGAUGUACAUCAAUUUUCUCCCAACAAUACUAUGAACACAUUGUGAUCAUCAAGUUCACUGAGGAUUAAUAAAAUGAUCACAAUAGAGAAAAUGCUUUGAUCCUUAAUCAAGUUCUCAACUAAUUUUUGACGGAAGUGUAAGGAGUUCAGGUUGGAGAAUUCAUAUAUGUAUAUUAGGGCUGAAAAGGUUUAGGACAUAGAACAAAUGAUCGCCAAAGUUUUUUUACCUUAGGAUCAUUGUGCAAAACGGUGAAAAGAGUAUUCUUUUGAAUAGAUGUAAUAAUAGGGCUUGGAGUGUUUAAACGACAAGAUAACUUCAUUCGAUAAAGGUGUCAGAAGUUUCUCUUUAAUUAAUUUAAGCAAAAUUCCUCUGGUUUAAGUUAAAUGCUCCUUAGAGUCGCUUAAUCCUUAAACUGAUUGUUGCUUGAGUGGUUUGAAAAAUAAUGAUAGUAUUAGAAUGAUAAUGUGACAGUUUCUGCUGGUCGGAAACUUGUUCACACAACCUGGAAUAAUGACAGGUUAAACCUGUUGUUAUUGUUUUCAAGUUUGCAUCUUCAGUCAGUUGAGGUAAAGCGUGCCUUUGAAUUAUGACAUUUAAUAGCUCAUAGUAUUCCUCAAAUUCAUUUUGCAAUGAUUGUCCAUGCCUAGCU